UGCUCUGCCCUUUCUAUAAGGAACCGCAGGGCGGGGGAGGGAUUUUAUGUCAGUUUUUAGGAAGCUGGAAGACUGGAGCCCCUGUAGCACCACUAAAGAGAGCAGCUUUUUUGCCGAUGAAGCUGUGGCUCCUGUGGCGGGAAGGCAGACGCAGGCGUUUGAUGCCCUGUGCACAGGCUGGCCCCCAUGGUGUCCGUUUGCAUAGCCAGUUUGAGCCACGCUGUUCGAACCACCCUGCGGAGAAUGCGAAGCCAUCGGAGCUGAGGUGUCCAGCUGCCCCCGACAGAGCCCGAGCAGCCCCGGUGAGUGAGCGGAGCCGGGCUCAGCUCCAGCACCUCAGCCAACCUUAUCUUUUCCACCAAAUCUCAGGCAGAUACCGCAGUCCUCACAGACCGACAGAGAAGGAGGAAACCUGUCUGUCUGGUGUCUGUGGCGCCAGCAGCACGAGGUCGGUGAGUUCCCCAGAUCGGCUGCACGGUGCCUGACCCAUGUCCCCGACACAGCCGGUGGCAGCUGUCACAGGAACAGCACCGUGCGCAUUCUGCCUUUUCCAGCUCAUCCCCCCGCUGAAUCGGCUUCACAGACAUCUGCUCAGUCUGCAUUUUCUUUCCCUUGGGCUACCACAUCCCGCUCAGCGCUCGCAGCCCGGGCUCCAUCCCGCCUGCCAUCGCCCCGCGCGGAGGAGCUGCCCCCGCCGGAGAUGUCCCGCUGCAGCGCCGAGCCCCGGCCAGCCCCGCGGAGCCCUGCCCGCACCUGACGUUACACCAGCACGCUGCUCCCAGCCCCGCGGAGCCCUGCCCGCACCUGACGUUACACCAGCACGCUGCUCCCAGCCCCGCGGAGCCCUGCCCGCACCUGACGUUACACCAGCACGCUGCUCCCAGCCCCGCGGAGCCCUGCCCGCACCUGACGUUACACCAGCACGCUGCUCCCCCGCGCAGACACACGGCUGUGACCAGCGCUAAUGAAAGAUUAAUCACGGUGUGACGGUGGGAGCUGCCAUCGGGCAGAUGGGACGCGGGCACCUCGAGAGCCACCACUGCCAGCAGCCCCGGUCCCGCAGCCCCAGCAUCGCCCGGGAGCCCAUGGGGGACCGAGGGGCCGAGCCGGCCGCGCCGCGGACGGAGCUGGAGGAGAUCACCAGCAAAAUUUCAGACCUAAACAAAUGGAGAGAAAUUUUUAAUUUCCAUGGGGGGCUGCGGCAGCUGCUGUUUGGAAACGUGUCCCACCGCUUCAGCUGCGAAUGGACACAAGCAUGCUUCAGGUUCCGCGAGCCGUACUCCGACCUGGCCUACGCUUUGGAGGCAGAAGAGAGGGGAACAAGAGCUGUUUUGAUGGCUGUACAAGCACACAUCAUUAAAUACCUGCUCUUCGUAAGAAACACGGAGUAUACUCACCUGGAAAGGCUGUGCAGGAUAAGCCGCCGGGAGCAGGGGACGGCGCUGGCCGCGGCCCUGGCGGACACGCUGUGGGCAGCGGGAGGAGGAAGGAUGGCCAUCAUCUGCCUCAUCACCACCGCCGUCCACACUGCGCCGAGCAGGGACCACAGAGCUGACAGCUUCACGGAAAGGGUCCAGCUCUUCGAGUUUGGUGAGAAAGCAGCAGCUCAGGAGUUCAUCUUUGACCAUAUAAACUGUUUCAGGGGUGAAGGAAGUCAUGGAGUGAUCCUGUAUUUAUACAGCUUGCUUUUCUCUAGGACACUGGAAAGGCUCCAGGAAGAUUUAGGCUGCACAGCAACUCCUCUGUUGAAAUCCAGUUCCGGAAACAUCACCUGUACAGAGGCCCUGCUCAGCCUCCUCCUCAGGGGCCGAGCAAUCCCAUGCGAGCUGGACGUUGGCCACGAGCCGUGGCGCGGCGGUGUCGGUGGUGGCGAUGGUGGGGCCAAGGCGUGCCGGCGCAGCCCAGUGGGAUACCUGCGCAGGGACCGGGCACCAGCGGAGCCACAGGUGUGCCGUGGGCUGCGCACGCCGCGGCUGCCCGUCUGGCUGUGCGGCACAGCCGGCAGGCACGGAGUCCUGUUCAGCACUGACAUGCAGCUGCUCCGCGACUGGCGUGUGGAGAGACGCUUCCCCCUGCUCCUGUGCAGCGGGCGGCAGGCGCAGAGCACCACGGCACGGCUGACCGUCGGUACGGACCCGCACACGGGGCACAUGGGGUGGCUGGCACACACCGACCACGUAUGGCCGGCAUACAGAAAACAGCACACAAGCAUGCCCUGCGAGGAGCCAGAGCUGGGGUCACAGCACCCGAGUUCCCCCCGGCGGGGCAGCCCCGGCUCUGCAGCACACACACACCAUCCAGCGCCUUCUGCUUCGCACCUCAAAGUGUUUUUACAAGGGCUGGGGUUUUUAGACCUUUUUUUAACUGUGUUUCCUCUUCAGACACUCACUCACACCCCUGGGAAGAGGACCGAAGUGAAGACCCGGGGAAGAGGCGUCCGUCCCUGGAGAUGGCCGUCAGGAGCAAGUGGGCAGGGGCGACCAUCACCUGGAAUGGGACUGACCCCUUCUUCUGAGGAUCCAACGGGACAGACCCCUUCUUCUGAGGAUCCAACGGGACUGACCCCUUCUUCUCAGGAUCCAAUGGGACUGACCCCUUCUUCUGAGGAUCCAACGGGACAGACCUCUUCUUCUCAAGAUCCAAUGGGACUGACCCCUUCUUCUGAGGAUCCAACGGGACAGACCCCUUCUUCUGAGGAUCCAAUGGGACUGACCCCUUCUUCUCAGGAUCCAAUGGGACUGACCCCUUCUUCUGAGGAUCCAACGGGACAGACCCCUUCUUCUCAGGAUCCAACGGGACAGACCCCUUCUUCUCAGGAUCCAACGGGACAGACCCCUUCAUCUGAGAGGCCCAAUGGGACUGACAUCUUCUUCUGAGAGGUCCAAGGAGACAGACCACUUCUUCCGAGGAUCCAACGGGACAGACCCCUUCAUCUGAGGGGUCCAAUGGGACUGACAUCCUCUUCUGAGGGGUCCAAGGAGACAGACCCCUUCUUCUGAGCAGUCCCUGCAUCUCCCACUCACUCCAGUUUCAUCAGCAAAACAGCGUCUGGUGCGCCGAGGGCCGUGCUGCUCGGAGGCGCUGCUCGCACUGGGAAGCCCGCGCCGGGGAGGAGCAGCUGCUGCCUCGCUGCACAGCUUCCCAGCUGGCAGGACGCAGGUUCUGCUGUCCCAGGACAGCCGGCAGAAAAGGGGGCAGCAAUUUGCUUUCCUCCCCUGCCAGUGGAGAUGCUAAAGAAAUCCAGGUGUCUCUUAAGAGUGCAGUGGAAGUGAAAUCAACAUUAAGAGCUGACAAUACUGCAUGCGCCUCAUUUAUUUAAUCCAGUGUGUGCAACUGCUGCAGAGGAGUGGUGUGCACCUCACUCAAAAGAGAGAAGCAGCAAAAUGUUUUAUCGAGGUAAAAUAAUAAUUU